AUGGCCACCCCACCCAAGAGCUGCCCGUCUCCCUCAGCCAGCUCUGAGGGGACCCGCAUUAAGAAAAUUUCCAUCGAAGGGAACAUUGCUGCUGGGAAGUCAACAUUUGUGAAUAUCCUUAAACAAGUCUGUGAGGACUGGGAGGUGGUUCCUGAACCUGUUGCCAGGUGGUGCAAUGUUCAGAGUACUCAGAACGAAUCUGAGGAACUGACAACAUCUCAGAAAAGUGGCGGAAAUGUUCUUCAGAUGAUGUACGAGAAACCUGAACGAUGGUCUUUUACCUUCCAGUCAUAUGCCCGCCUCAGUCGAAUACGAGCUCAGCUUGCCGCUCUCAAUGGAAAACUCAAAGAUGCAGAGAAACCAGUAUUAUUUUUUGAACGAUCUGUGUAUAGUGACAGGUAUAUUUUUGCAUCUAAUUUGUAUGAAUCUGACUGCAUGAAUGAAACAGACCUUGAACUGGAUGGGAUCAUUUAUCUUCGAGCCACUCCAGAGAAAUGCUUGAAUAGAAUAUAUUUACGGGGAAGAAAUGAAGAACAAGGCAUUCCUCUUGAAUACUUGGAGAAACUUCACUAUAAGCAUGAAAGCUGGCUCCUGCAUAGAACACUAAAAACCAACUUUGAUUAUCUACAAGAAGUGCCUAUCUUAACACUGGAUGUUAAUGAAGACUUUAAAGACAAACAUGACAGUCUAAUUGAAAAAGUAAAAGACUUUUUGAGCACUUUGUGA